CAGCAUCAUAUUUUAAGGACGGAAGCAAGUAAAGGAAAGGUACAACAAAAACACGCAACCUCCCUAAAUUGGAAAAACAGGAAAAAAUUAAAUUAAAAAAACGCCUCAGCAGGUAAUUGAUGCCGGAAAUGAACAAACUCGUGAUGUCAGGAGACGGCUGACACACAGACAUAGAGAAGUUAAUAGGUUGUGCGAGUAAAGAAACGUGUUAUUGCAGCAGUGAGUCGGAGAGCAGGCGGACUGGAGGGUGUGGAUUUAACACGGAUGCUGGUUAUGUGAUAUAUUUAGACACAUAAUUGACUUUCCUUUUCGUGUGGGGUGUUUACACAACAUUCGCUUCUUCUCACAGGCUCCCCAGCCAGACAGUAAGUAACGAUGAAAGGAUUCGCGUUGGAGCAGAUAACAGAUUUCACUGAUUUUACCAGAGGCGGCGAUUUGACCGAGUUUUUAAAGCAAACUAAUAAUGUGUUUAAUAUGAAUAACUGUCGUUCGCAUCCUGUCCGGGUCAGUCCAGAUGCACAGCACAUCCACGCCUUUCUUCAAAAACCAAAGCGGGGUCUGGUGACUUUUGAUAGGAUCCAGAGAGUCGCUGUCGCUCAGAGCCCCAGCUAUAUGGACACGGGAUCCGCCCUAUCGAUCCCGAUAGUGGAGCUGUUGUAUUUAGACAGCGGCAGCAAAGACAGCGCGGCGCUGGUCGCGGUGAUUCUUGAAAACGGUAAAGCGGAGUUUUGGAAAUACUGGGAGAGAAAAGCUGGCUGGGAUUUGUUGCAGACUUCAGACCUGUGCAACAGCACCAGCGCUAAAGUGGUGUCGGUUUGCUCCAGUGGCAAGUUUAUAAUCUGGUGUGAAGAGAGACCCGCUUCAGAAAGCGCUUCAGUUUUCUCCGCAGCGCGUAACAACUUCAGAUACUGCAUCUGCAAAAGAACUUACGAGCGCGAGGAGCGGGCUGUGCGCUUAGGGGGUGUUAAAACACCCUUACACAACAGCCCGCGUUACAGGGUCCUUGCAGCGCGGGAGAAUGUUUACCUGCUGCCAGACAAUCAGGAGGCAGCCCCGGGCAACGGCUCCAAAUUCUUCCUGCCAUGGUCCCCUAAACAGGACAGGAUGACUAUCAGUACUGUGUGCAAAGGAGCACUGCUGAGCAAAACCCUGCACUCCACCAGCAAGGAUUCGGAUUACAAGACACUGAUUUCAGAGUGCAUUGGAAUGCUGGCCACAAUCAGCCCCCCAGAAAUCUGUUCCGUUGCUCCUACCAGCUGCGGUGGGCUGCUCUUGGUUCUCAGCUCAGGCUGCAUUAGUUUAUUGCAAAGUGAUGGAGUCCUGAGGCAGAUCUAUACUCUGGCAUUAAGCUGCCCACUGGACUGUAGCAAUCAGAUCAGCAUGCAGAUCUACGGCAGUACCCUGGCUUGCAUUGUGUACAGGACGCUGUACCUGGUUGACACCAGCACUGGCAGGCUGCUGGAGAACAUUGCACUGAAGACCGAUGGCAUGCUCUUUCUAAACUCCAGGGAGAAGAAUGGCAUCCACUUCCUUUCCGGUAAAGGAAUGUACGUGGUGAAGGAGUCGGGGGUGGACCCCACCAGCAAGCAGCUGGGCUGCUCCGACACUGCCAGGCCGGAUGCUGUCUUGGUGGAGGCAGUCUUCGAAGAAGCCUGCAGGUACUACCAGCGCCGGAGCCUGAGCAGCACACAGCUGACUGUGGAGAAACUGAAAAGCGGGGGCAUGUUCCAGGCGCCCAUCGCCCUGUCUUCCAUUCUCGGGGUCUACAUGAAAACCAAGAAAGCCAGCGAGCUGCCGCAGGGGGGUGGCGGUUACUCCAAGCUGCUGGCAUCGUUGGGCGCGGAGCUAGAGAGCUUGAUGGCCUUGGAGCAGCUCAAGGCAUCAGUGGUCAGCGCCUCCGACAGAAAGCUGAGCGUCUCGUGUGAAACUCUGGUGGGGCAAGAGGUGAACCGCCUGCUCUUCUCAGACCUGGACAGAGACAAUCUGCUGUACCUGAACGUCAUUUUUAAAACCUUCCCCCGGGAGUCUUGGCAAGCCCUGCAGGCUAGUUUGCGACUCGGGUCCAAUGGAGAGGGCUUCCUGACGGCCAAGGCAGCCCCGGAGGUCUGGAAGACGGUCCUGAGCCCCGUGCAGGCAGCCCUGGCCCCUCUCUCCAGCGGCCAGCAGCAGGCCUCCUCUAACGGGGCAGCGCCUGUCUUUGAGCUGAUCUGCCGCUCCCUUUUCACCUUUCAGCCCAAGUGGCUGCCCAGAUUUGUUGAGCUGGCGCAGCAACAAGCAGGUGCCUCUUCCUGGAACUAUGGGGGCAAGGAGAGCCCGGAGAGCGUCCCCUUGUACAAGCGGGCCCUGUGUGUGCUGCCGAGGGAGGGGCAGGCGCAGGAGUUGCAGGUGGAGCUCUUGCUCUGCAGCCAGAGACCCAACGCUGUCAUGCAGGCCAUGCACAUCCUGCUGGAGCUCCGGCGCUGGGAGAGAGUGGCCGAAGUGGCCCAGCACUUCUCUCAACAGAGCCCCCUGCUCAACAAGGAGAUCUUCACCACCCUUCUCUGUGAGGUCUCGCAGCACCGGGAUCUGGACCCAUACCUGGACCUACUUUGGACCUUGUGUCCUGAGGACAUGACUGUCACCAGCAUCCUAAAUAUUGUGCUGAAAAGCCUGCCUCUAUGCGGAAGGGAGCCCGGACCAUUCAGAACCGACAGGAGCCAGAUGAGCAUCGGGAUGCUGAAGCCGCUGUUGAUCAAAGUGCUGCAAAGAGAAACCAAGCCGAGCCAAAGGUAUGCGGACAUCCUCCAGUCCCCUUCCUUUCCCCCUCCCACUCUCCCGAGGCAGCCCAGGUCAGUCACAGAGCCCGCCAUGGCCACUGCCUCCCCGCCCCUGUCGAGCAUCUCAUCCAGUGUGAACGACACCAGCGUGGAUGAAGGCUGCUCCAGUCCCCAUCAUGAGAAUAAAUAGCAGCUCUGCACAUGUUCUCUCCUCCGGGGACUAAUGGAGAAGAUACCCUACAAGCGAAAUCACCAAAGAUAUUUAAAACCUCGCUGGAAUAUGCGUUCCAGAGCAAAGAUCAAAUGUAGAAGACAAGUUAGGAUAUAUAUUCUCUUAACCAAAGUUUUUUAUUAAAAAAAAAAAAAAAAAAAAGGUUUGACUGUGUUCCACACGUUUUCAAGAGAUCAUUCUUUGUUGUCAAAUCAUAAGGCCAAUGGACUGGCUUUUGUUUUCAGCUCUAAAUAUGCAGCCAAAGCAGUUUUAUAAUCAAGGGUCUGGUUUUUCAAAGCAGUGCAGAUGUAUUAUAAAUCUGCCUGGAUAUUACCCUGCAGCCUGCUGUUGAAAUGUUAUUCGUGUGCUGUUUACUAAACAGAUGCAUUGCACACUAGAAUGAGUGCCGUGACAAAGUUAAAAUGCCACUAAAGCACCACGAGCAAAGGGCAGAGAACAAAAUGAGUAUGUCAUGUAGAGCACUGGAGAUGCUGUUCAUGUUGAGCACUGGAGAUGCUGUUCAUGUAGAGCACUGGAGAUGCUGUUCAUGUUGAGCACUGGAGAUGCUGUUCAUGUUGAGCACUGGAGAUGCUGUUCAUGUUGAGCACUGGAGAUGCUGUUCAUGUUGAGCACUGGAGAUGCUAUUCAUGUAGAGCACUGGAGAUGCUGUUCAUGUUGAGCACUGGAGAUGCUGUUCAUGUUGAGCACUGGAGAUGCUGUUCAUGUUGAGCACUGGAGAUGCUGUUCAUGUUGAGCACUGGAGAUGCUGUUCAUGUAGAGCACUGGAGAUGCUGUUCAUGUAGAGCACUGGAGAUGCUGUUCAUGUAGAGCACUGGAGAUGCUAUUCCUGCUGGUGGUGGCUGAACAAAAUAUAAUGCAGCCAUUCGAUUUUUUAUCUCAAGUUUGAGCUUCCUUUUAAAGGUAAUGAUGAACUCUCAGUAAAGUUACUGCUUGUGUUUAAUACCUAUUAGCCUGUUUAUAGGACGUAGGCAAUAUGAAUGUCUGCAUUGUGCGCACACACUCACUCACUGAGAUGUGCAUGUGCAGCACACUCCUGAGAACAAUCCACAUCUUUACACACACUAUCAUAUUCCACUGUGGUGAAUUCAAUCAGUUUACUUUUCAUUGAAGAUUGGUGACCUUAAAUAUAUUACACAAAUAUAUAUAUGCACUGUAUAUAGCUUCAAAAAGAAGCGUGUAUGUUUUAUUUAUUAGGUACCAUACAUAUCUUGAUUUUAAUAUAAAGUAGAAAGAACCUAAAAUAGUUUAACCCAUAUUGUUUGAAUUUCUUUGUCGGAAAGUGUAUUCUAUCCUAACCUACCUUGCAGUAUAUCAUGUAUAAUGUAGAUUGAGUCCAUGUGCAGUGUCUGUGUGCA